UGUCCGGCCUAUCGCCACAGUCCUUAAUGCGCAGGCGCGCAAAACGAAUAAAAGGCGUGCGCCGCAACCUGCGCGUGGGCUUAUCUCGACCAGCCACGCACCGAUGAACAUGUGGCAAUAAACGUCGCUUCGCCCCUGGAAACUUGUCUGCUCCUUCGCAUGAACCACGCAACACAACAACUGGCGACGAGGAUGGGAUUUGAAGACGUCGUUCUUCAGUUUGGAAGGCAAGUGUUUCCGAAAUUCACUCGGUGAAGAAGACUGUCUUUUUGCAGUUCACGGAGCCUGUGACUGUCGUCAUGACUGGGGCCGAGGCAGCAGUGACGCACUUCGCUGGGCGACUGGGCCAGCUGGAACCUUUUGACGAGUCCGCCAGCGAUUGGGCUUCGUACGAAGAGCGGCUUACGUCGUUCCUGAUUGUAAACCGAGUACCCGACGGCGACAAGGUACACGCCUUUUUGAGCAUUAUCGGUCCGAAGACCUACGGGUUGUUGAAGUCAUUAACAGCUCCAGAACUGCCUUCUACGAAGAGUUUCGAAGACCUCAAGAAAGUUUUGAGCGACCACCUGUCCCCGAAGCCGUCCGUCAUUGGAGAACGGGCCAAGUUUCACCGGAGGUGUCAACGAGAAGGCGAGUCCUUAUCUAGUUAUGUUGCCGAGCUUCGUAAACUGUCGCAAACGUGCGAGUUUGGAAGCGCCCUUGACGAGUCCCUUCGGGACCGCUUCGUGUGCGGCCUGCUACGAGAAGACAUUCAGCGAGUGCUUUUCACGGAAGAUAGCAAGCUUACGUUCCAGAAAGCGGUAGAGCGGGCUCUGGCAAUGGAAGCGGCUAAGAAGAGUGCUGCUGAGGCACGCGGCACCGACGCCGCAGUCGGCGAUGUGCACAAGGUGCAAGCAGAGACGCAGAAAACAUGCAAAAGCUGUUUUCGCUGUGGCUCGCCAAAACACACGAGUGAAGCAUGCCCUCACUUGGACGCAACCUGUUUCAGUUGCAACAAGAAAGGGCAUAUCCAGAGAGCCUGCCGAAGCAGUGGUAAGACUUUUUCUAAGAAAAAGCAGACGAAAAAGAAUGUGAAGAUGCUGACGGUUGUGUCGCGGAAAGCUUCGACCCUCAGUCUAAACGGCGUGUCGGCAGCUCAGAGCGACCCUGUCACCGUGCAGAUGACCAUCGACGGCGUCUUGGUGAACAUGGAGCUAGACACGGGAGCGGCUGUUUCCGUCAUGUCAAAGACGCAGUUCCGUCAGCUCUUUCCUUCGGCUGUAGUGGAGCCUACGACAGUUAAACUUCGUACCUACACAGGAGCACUGGUACGACCCCAGGGAGUCUCUUCGGUCAACGUGCAGCACGGCGACCAUUCUGCAAUUCUCCCACUCUACGUCGUAGACCACAAGGGACCACCUCUACUGGGCCGGGAGUGGCUGCACGCCGUCCGGCUGGAGUGGGCGAAAAUCUGGAACCUGAACAACAUUACAAGGUCAGACACUCCUACUCAUAUCAGCGUAAAAAAGAGGCUAGACGCAUUGCUGGCGAAGUACCAACUCCUUUUCAAAGACGAGUUAGGCACGAUAACGGAAGAGCGCGCCGAACUUUUUCUUAAACCUGAUAUGAAGCCGAGAUUCCUAAAAGCCAGGAACGUUCCGUUCGCGUUGCAAAAAGCUUUUGACGCUGAAUUGGCUAAAAUGGAACAGCUGGGAAUUAUAUCGCCGGUUACGACGUCAGAAUACGCUACGCCUGCGGUACCCGUAAUCAAGCAAGAUGGUAGCAUACGGAUUUGCGGCGACUACAAGACGACCGUUAACCCGUGCCUUGAUGUCGACCGCUAUCCAUUACCGAAGGUAGACGACCUGUUCACAGCCUUGUCGGGAGGUAAGCACUUCUCGAAGAUUGAUCUCAACCGGGCCUAUCAGCAAGUGGUCAUGUCUGAGUCGUCAAAACAAUACCUCACGUUGAAUACGCAGAAAGGAUUGUUUGCUGUUAAUCGACUCGCGUUUGGAAUUUCGUCCGCUCCCGGGAUUUUCCAAAGAAUAAUUGACACCAUGCUGAAGGGUUUACAAGGGGUUUGCUGCUACCUAGACGACAUUCUGGUGACUGGUAAAAAUGAUGAAGAGCAUUUCAUCAAUCUGGAGGCUGUGUUAAAACGACUUCUUGAAAGAGGCGUUCGUGUCAAGAAAGAGAAGUGUUCGUUUUUCCAACAGGACCUUUGCUACCUCGGACACAGAAUCAGCGCACAAGGCAUAUCGGCAACGACGGAGAAGGUUGACGCACUCCUCAAGGCUCCAGCCCCUAAAGACAGGCAGCAGCUGCAGUCGUUCCUGGGAGUCGUCAAUUUCUACGGCAAGUUCCUUCCUAACCUAGCAACGGUGGCGCAACCAUUUUUCAGGUUGCUACGUAAAAACGCCACGUGGUGCUGGGAUGAGUGUUGCCAGGAAGCGUUCACCAAGAUAAAGAACUUGCUAGCAUCUCCACCAACUUUGGCGCACUACGACCCGUGCAAACCAUUGCAGCUAUCAUGCGACGCAUCGCACUAUGGUUUAGGCGCGGUUCUUUCUCAUGUUUUAGAUGAUGGCAGCACGAAGCCAAUCGCUUUCGCAUCGCGUACCUUGACCGAUGCCGAAAAGAAAUACAGCCAGCUCGAGAAAGAGGCCCUUGCAAUAAUUUUUGGUGUUAAGAAGUUUCAUUUCUACGUUUACGGUCGUUCGUUCACAUUAGUCACCGACCAUAAACCGCUUCAAACCAUCUUGGGCCCAACAACCGGCAUUCCGACUAUCGCAGCAGCGCGUUUGCAGCGAUGGGCUGUCACAUUGUCCGCUUACCGGUAUUCGCUUAUCUUCAGAAAAUCAAGCGAGAAUGCUGAAGCCGAUUUCUGCUCGCGCCUGCCGCUAUCAAUUGUGAAAGACGAAACACAAGAAAGAGAGGAAACUUUUUAUUCAUUGCGGUUGCAAUCAAUGCCAGUUUCAAGCCAGGACAUUGCUCGAACAACAGCUCGGGACCCCUUGCUUUGUAAAGUGAUAGAUUGCAUAAAUGUGGGGUGGCCGGCGUCUGUGACUGAAAACGAUUUGAAGCCUUUUUUUGACAGACGCAACGAGCUCACAGUUCACCAAGGCUGCAUCAUGUUCGGGAUGCGAGUGAUCGUGCCGGCAAAGUUGCGCAACUUGCUGCUGGACGAACUCCACGAAGGGCACCCAGGCAUCGUGCGCAGCAAGCAACUGGCGCGCAGCUACGUGUGGUGGCCGUCCAUCGAGGCGGACCUCGAGCAUCGUGUCAAGGCCUGCAGGCAGUUUCACCUGGCGUCGUCACAAGGACCAGCUGCUCGCGCGGACCACGGAUCCGGACCGCGAGGCAUCUGACCAGGAGGGAUGCGAGUUCCUGGCGUUUCCACCAAGCGUCGACCCAGUGACAUCCUCCGCUCCUACCACCAGUGGUCCUGCCGCUUCGCAAGAGAUCCAGACGGCGGGUGCAAGACGCUACCCGACUAGAGACCGUCGACCA